UUUCAGCUCUUGUGCGUGGUUGUUCCUGGUCUUGCCCAGAGGCUGGGCACGAGAGGAGGUGCCAGGUAUAAUUAUGAUGGAAUCUGUAUCAAGAAAAGUUCUUUCUUUUAUGGCCAGUAUUGCUACUUUCUGGAUGAAAAAAGGUAUUACAGUGGAGACGUCAUUGCCUUUGAAAAAUCUACUAAUUAUGGCAGCAUUAUCCAACAAGACGGAACUUGUGAAAAUCAUUCACUAAUAAUAGACCAGAUUGGAUCACCUUUGUCUGAAUUCAGGAGAUGUCCAUUCUGGGAGCAAGAACGGGCAAGGAAGUACUACAAAAUGGUGGCCUUUCUUGCUGAUGAAUACUGCAACUAUUGUCAAGACAUUCUACAAAGUGUGGAGGACUUGCUCACUUCCUUCUGGAAAGCUCUGCCACAGGACACAGUCAUGCUCAUGGCAUUGCCUGAAGUGUGCCAGCUCUUUAAAUGCUACGACGUACAGAUGUACAAGGGAAUUGAGGAUGUCCUCCUUGACGAUUUUCUGGAAGACGUUUCUAUUCAGUACCUGAAGUCUGUCCGGUUAUUUAGUAAGAAAUUGAAGCUGUGGCUCCUUAAUGCUUUGGAAGGUUUCCCAGCCCGCUUACAGAUCUCCAAACUCAAAGAAGUCACUGUGUUUGUCAAAAGACUAAGAAGAAAGACAUACCUCUCCAACAUGGCAAAGACGAUGAGAAUGGUAUUGGAAAAUCGCCGGAGAGUCAGCCUCCUGAAGUCAGACCUGCAGGGCAUCAUGGGGGUUUCGCAGGGAGCCCUGACAAGGACGCGGAGGGGAUCGGAGGACCUGGAGAGCAUGGAGGUGAAAUGUUUAAGCAGUUUAAUUUCUUUGCUGGGAACAUCGACAGACCUCCACGUAUUCCUGAAUUGUCUAUCUUCAAAUCUCCAAACAUUUGUCUUCCAGCCAAGCAGAAGCAAAGAGGAGUUCAUCAGAUUGGCUGCCGGCUUCCAGCUGCGCUGGAAUUUCGUGCUCACCACAGUGAGCAAAGCCAUGACUCUUCGCCACAGGAACAGUUUUGGGUCCUGGCACCUGUUUCAUUUGCUGCUUUUGGAAUAUGUGACUCAUAUCCUGCAGUCAUGCUUAGAAGAGGAAGUGGAGAAUGAUGGAGGAAAUCUCAAGGAGAUGCCACCAGAUGACCAGUCUCCUGUCCAGCCUGACCAGGCACCUUGCCAGCCUCCAGAUUCUUCACUAUUUCAGGAGGAUGAAAGCCCGUGUAUGGCUCCGCCCUGGGUGGUGCUGGAGCACGUGAGCCAGAGCCAGUGUCCUGUGGGAGUGAGCAGCGUGGCUCUCAGGGUCCUGGGCUUCCUGGUGGACACUGCCACAGGAAAUAAGCUCGUCCAGGUAUUGUUGGAAGACACGGCCACCAAAAGCACCGUCAAACUCAGCCUCCCUGUGGGACAAGAGGCCCUCAUCACCCUCAACGAUGGACAAAAGUUUGUGAUUCACAUAUCAGAUGUACCCCAAAGCUCUGAAAAUAUUCAUUUCAGGGAAAGCAGUGCUAAUAAGUAAGACUAUUUAUUUGAAUAGGACAGGAAGAAAACAUAGAUUUUCAUUCUUAAAAAUAUAUGAUAUGCUAAAACUUUUGUAUUGAUAAGAAAAAAGAUUAUAUGUACAUAAUAGAGUGUAGUAUUGUCUAUUUUAUGUUUAUGUGUAUGUGUAUUUCAAGGAGUUGGUUU